CCCUUAGGCCCCAGCAUAUAAAGGCAGCUGAGGAGCCCCACGCUCCUCGCCAACGCUGCGCGCCUGCCCACCAUGUCCUGGCUCGGCGCGCCGCUCGCCUGGGCCCUCCUCGCCCUCCUUGGACUCGCAGUGGCGAAAGAAGAAAACCAGAUGGAGACGUGCUGCGGUCCCAUUGUGCCUCGGAGAGAGUGGAACGCCCUGCCUUCCCGGUGCACGAAGAAACUGAGCCUGCCGGUGAAUUACGUGGUGGUGUCGCACACGGCGGGCAGCCACUGUGACACCCCAGCGUUGUGCCGGCAGCAGGCCCAGAACGUGCAGCACUACCACGCGCAGACACUGGACUGGUGCGAUGUGGCCUACAACUUCCUGAUCGGAGAAGAUGGGCUUGUGUAUGAGGGCCGGGGCUGGGACCUCAUGGGUGACCACGCAAGUCUCUGGAACAACAAAGCCAUCGGCAUCACCUUUAUGGGCAACUUCAUGGAGCGGUCACCUGCGCCCCGGGCCCUCCGGGCAGCCAGGAGUCUGUUAGCUUGUGGAGUGGCUCUGAACGCUCUGACCCCUGACUACGAGCUCAAAGGGCACCGAGAUGUGCAGCAGACCCUGUCUCCAGGCGAUCGGCUCUACGACAUCAUCCGCGAGUGGCCGCACUACAGGUUGUGAGGCCCUCUCUCCACCCACAGUCGGAAUCCCACAGCCUCCCCCACCCAAUAAAGGUGCCGCUCAAACU